CAUUUUCCAUGUCGCCAUUUUCUACCGCUACACCACUGUUCCUGUGAAGAGGUGGAUUCUUCGACUGUCGUUCUUGUGCUGCAUGAAAGAGCCUUGCAAUUGACAGUGUUGAGAAUUGACAGAAACAUUUACGUUUAAAAGAAAGGAAAUACACGGUUGCGCGCUUUCUCUGUCAGUAUCUUUUCCUGUAAGAAUGUCGUCAGAAAGCCCCGAAUAUUCCCCGUUCUUCGCAGUGAUGGGAGCCUCUGCGGCUAUGGUCUUCAGCGCAUUGGGGGCGGCCUAUGGCACGGCUAAGAGCGGAACGGGUAUCGCUGCCAUGUCGGUGAUGCGGCCGGAGCUCAUCAUGAAGUCCAUCAUUCCUGUGGUCAUGGCGGGUAUCAUAGCCAUCUACGGGCUGGUGGUGGCGGUGCUCAUCGCCAACAACAUUUCAGAGAAAGUCACCCUCUACAAGAGUUUCCUCCACCUGGGUGCUGGGCUGAGCGUGGGGCUGAGUGGGCUGGCGGCUGGUUUCGCCAUCGGCAUUGUGGGCGAUGCAGGUGUUCGGGGCACGGCCCAGCAGCCCAGGCUCUUCGUGGGCAUGAUCCUCAUCCUGAUCUUUGCAGAGGUCCUGGGGCUCUACGGUCUUAUUGUGGCUCUCAUCCUCUCCACAAAAUAGAGAGAGCAAAGUCCAUCUGUCCGUCCGUGUACGUCGAGUCAACGCUACGUCAUCCAUUCCAUAUAUAUACAUCUAAGAAAUAAAGAACAAAUUAGAGAGCAUGCCUUUACGCCUGGUUCCAAAUCGACUCUCUUUAGCCACUUCUUUCCUAGUGACACUACUGAGUCCUUUGUAGAUCUAAUAGGUUUGAAUAAGUGUUAGCAAUAUGGUAAUGGAAAAGCCACAAACCUACCUACAUUGCUUAUUCAUGCCUGUCAGAUCUACGAGGGAGGCAUCUUGAGGUGUUAAGGGCUGUGUCCCAAAUGGCACCAUAUUCUCUACGUAGUGCACUAUUGACCAGAGUUAUAUGGGCUAUAGUGCUCUGGUCAAAAGUAGUCCACUCAAUAGGGAAUAGGGUGCGAUUUGGGACACGGCGUGGGGUUGAUUUGAGAUUGGGCGUGAAGCGAAAAGCGUCUCCUAUUCCAGUCGUAUCUCUUUUCCUGUACAGUCGUCCUUGAGUCCACUAGCCAAACCUUUGUGAAUGUAGUGACGCUUUCGUCCUGUGCGUGCUUGACUAUUGGUUUACCUCCUUCCUCCCAAUUUCCUCUCAUUUAUGUGUCUGCUAAAUGGCUUUUAUUAUUAGUGUUCCUUUGUUUGUUUUUUUCUUUAAAUGUCCGAAGAACGGACUGUUGGACAAAUCAUUUUAUUUUUCUGGGGACCAUUUUCACAUUAAAGGACCUAACUAAUACAAGGACAACUCUUUUUUUUUUGGUUUGGUUGUUUUUUUCACUAAUUAUUUAUGAAGAUUUUGAAAUGUUAAUAAAAACAGUUUCAUCGAGUUCCCAAUGAGAUGGAGAGGUGUGUAUGUGCGUGUAUAUAUAUAUCUCUAUCUAAUAAAUAUCUGUAUAGCUAGAUUAAUUGCACUGUGGGUAAUUGUUCUAAGGGCUUUGAAUUCCUCUGGAUGCAUGUAUCCAGUGGAGACUGUCUCUGAUUUGCAGAUGUUGGAGUGGGACUUUUAUGUUUAUGGUGGCUGGCAUGUAAAAGUGUGUGUGGCGUGUGUGUCUGUUAACUCUAAGACAUCAUUCUCAUUUGUACUGUUGACCUGUAGUACUGGGGUGUAAUCAAUAUUCCAAAUGAAAACUAGACAGAUUCUAUUGGACAGAUUCAGGUAGGUCCCCAGUUUGAUUCGUAAAUUGUUUCCAUUGCAAGAUGUAAUGAGUAAACACCAGCCAUGUGGUUGCAGUUGCACACUGGCGGGCCUCAUCUGUCUAAUAUCCAAUUAAAUCUCAACCACA